AUGAACAUGCGAGAGAGAUUCAUGCGGUAUCUUAUGAGCAACGCCGCUGUCGGGCCCCCCAAGCUCACGCGGUGGGACUUUGAUAACCCACUGGUCCUCUAUGCCCUAAACCCGCACCCGUACUGGGGUUUCUGCCAUGGCCCUAUAUUUGACCCAAAUGUUGUCCUGAAGCCACCCAUUAUCGAAACUGUCGAAGAUGACGAAACCGUAUGUCUUCGAAACUUUUUGGAGUUUAUGGCUUCUGUGGAAUCUGAAAAAGAUGCACAGGCUGCAGCUGCAGUCGAGGAGGCUGCUCGAGCUAAAAAUGCCGUUAACCCCGAUGAUCUAGCCAAAGGAAUUAAUGGGCUAGAUAUCACGUCCAAAGAGACGAAACGGCCGGCCAGGCGCAGGCUUCCUCCUCGCCCGCGCCAGUUGCUCUUUACCAAUCCACACAACUUCGAGAUUUGUGAUAUCAUUGUUGAACUUCCCGACAUCAUGUGUGGUUACAAAUCAAGCCAUCCUGCUGAUAUGGCCGCCCAUCUACGGAAGUCUCACGCUGGCGCAAUUGCUCGUCCUAUGCGCUAUUAUCUGGAUGAUGCCUGGAACAACUGCGUCGCUUCUCUGAGGCGAUGGGUGCUGACCGGCGGCUGGCGUGAUGCCAAAUACCGGCUAGAGCCUAUCCGUCUUCGCCCUGGAUCGCUCAUCGAUAUGUUCUGUGAGGAUCUCGAGCGUAUUGCCCGAGAGGAUGCCAGCUUUGCCGCCAAGUAUGGUUGUCAGUUCCACCGUUACUCUGCCCACCUCACAAGCAUGGACGAUCCGGAAUGGGGAGAGCCUGGAUACCGCUACAAGACUGCUCGAGCGGGUCAGGUUCAUUUUCCUGGCAAGGAUGACCGUUUCCUCUUUUAA